UCUCUCGCCGACCUAUGUUUAUGUUUUCAUAACAAGCAAUGACUGGACAAUUAUUCAUUACAAUUCAAACCCCUCCACUAUCCUUGUAACUGUAGAUGGCAGUCUGUCUUGUCUGAGAAAAAUGGAAGCUAAGAAAUCGAAACGAUCGAAAAGUGAGAGCAAUUCUUCUAGGAAAAAAUCGAGAAAAGAAAAAGAAAUAAUUCAGUCUUUACAACACUAUGAUACGUUCUAUGGUCAGGCACCACCUGGCCUUGUCCAGGAAGAGAAAGACAAACCUGAAGACUGUAUUCCAGACACACCUGAAAACAAACAAGCUCGAGAGUUCCUUGCUAAAGCUCCAAGUAAAGGUCUGUGGAUGCCCCUCGGUAAAGAAGUCAAAGUUAUGAAAUGUUGGAGGUGCAAGGUUUAUGGCCACAGGACUGGUGACAAAGAGUGUCCACUGUUCCUCAGUGGCAACAAAGAAAUAGAAAAGUUCCGAUAUAUACAUGAAGAUCCAAUGCAUAGUUACAUUACAGAGACCAAGAAAAAUGAGAAAGAACAAAGAAUUAAACAGCUACAGGCCUUACUUGUAUCUUCAAGUUCUAGUUCAGAUAGUGAUGAUGACAGUUCUUCAUCUUCUACCAGUUCUGUUUCUAAACCUCAAAAUAAACAUCGACAAACAUCGAAAAAGCAUAAACAUGAUAAAAAGAAGAAGAAAAAGAGGAAGUCUAAGACAAAAAAUCAUAAACCCAAAAAGUAGUUUGUAAUUUUCAAUUAGAAAAAACUGUUGAAACAGUUCAUUUGUUAGUUUUGUUAUAUGAUUAACAUAUAAUGCUUUUUUCUUGUUUUGUUUUUUGUAUAAAAAUGUUGCCUAUUGAAGAAUGAACCCAGA